CUCUGCACGUUCAUCCCUUCCAAUGUCACUGAACGUCGCAGUUACCGAACCUGCAGGCGCCGAUGUGGGCAGUCAACCUAUUUUCUCUCAUCCACUCCUCUCGUUGAUUUCAGCGUGUUUCUGGGUCAUACUAUGGGCCCUUUCGUGGGCGAAGGCUCUCCUGGCUUUCGCCACGAUGACUAUUGCCAUCACGAUCCCCCGGCUCAUCUACGCCAUUCUCUCCUAUUCCUCACACUUACGCUGAAUUUCUGGUCAUUCGCGAUGUUGUUUCUCCUCUCCUUGGUCAUCCUCAACUAUUUCAUUCGUUUCCGAUACCUCAACAACUACACGCAACUUAAGGAGCCUCCCCUGGUCAAGCCUGACGCGAACGAGCUGCAUCCCGACGUGAAUACCGAUCCGCCACCGACUUUCCACAACUAUCUGGACGAUUUCCUGCAGGCUGUGAGAGUGUUCGGAUUCCUGGAAAAACCCGUUUUCCACGAACUCGCACGGCAUCUACAAACAAGACGCUUGAUCGCCGGGGACAGUAUCUCGCUGGAUCAGGACAAGAGUUUCUACUGCGUGAUCGACGGGAUGGUGCAGGUGUUCGCACAUGCCGGCCAAGAGACGGAAGAGCGAGUCGGUGCAUGGGAGAACGAAGAGAUGAAUGGAUACCAACUACUGAAUGAGGUUGGGAGCGGCGGCACCCUGUCCAGCCUGUUCACCAUCCUGUCUCUAUUCACGGAGGACGUGAAAAUGAGCUGGCAGGAUGACCAUGAUGAUUCGGACUCGAUUUUGAGUGGGGGGCUGUCGAUAAGCUCGCCGGGCACGGCCAAACGCUUCAGACGGAUGUCCAGUUCGUCAUCGGCUUCCACUGUGCAUGCCGACGAGAUUGCACCGCGCUCCGGAUCGAUGUCGCCCUUGUUUGUGGGCGAGCCAAGCAGCUACCGAACUCCGCCUCUGACGCGUCCGACGCCCCCUCCCGAUCGACCUGCCAACCUCUAUCGAGGGCUGGUGGCUAGAGCAACAGAGGACACAACCCUCGCCGUGAUCCCCGCUGAAGCAUUCCGUCGAUUGACGAAGAAGUUUCCUAAAGCUACGGGACAUAUCGUGCAAGUUAUUGUCACUCGCUUCGCACGCGUCACUUUCAACGCGGCCCACAAGUACCUCGGGCUGACAUCUGAAAUCCUGCGCACGGAGCUGGCGAUGAACGAUAUUGCCUGCCAUCCCCUGCCGGCGUCGUUUUAUGAAGGCGGUGGAUUGGAGCAACUGCGACAGCGGUUCGAUGGCGGGAAAAAGACACGGGAAAGCGCCGACUACUUUUCUUCCAACGAAAGUCUGUUUUCGUCCCGACCGUCGUCUGAAGAAUCUGUCCGGACUGCACCGACAGAGAAGGCGGCACCGCGUCCCAUGUCCACUGCACCGCUGCGGUCGCAUUCGCGGCAGAGCGUGAAUGCAGGCGAUCUCAUGACCUCAACCGCACAGCUCAACGACACGUAUCCUGCCCUCAAACGCACGUUCAGCAUCCUGAACACUCCCCUCAUCACCCGGCAGACCCCGAUGCUUUCGGACGCGAUCCACGGCCGCAGCUCGUCGAGUGUGUCGCUCGACUCCGACUUUGAUCUGCGGGACGAGGUGAUGAGCUGCAUCGCCAAGUCGAUCGGACUGCUCCAGCCUCCGCUGGUCGCGUCGGAAAGCGUCGAGGCGUCUCCUGCAUUCCUGCCGUACGAUGCUCAGCCGGGCCGCCGCUCAUCGUCAGAUCUUUUCUCCUCGUCGUUCGGCAGCCUUUCGUUACUGGACAUCGGCGAUGACGGCUCGAGUCUGACUGGCGGUUCGUCGACUGUGGCCUCUGGCGACGACUACUUGAGUGGCUUGGACAACGAGGUCGAGAUCCUGUUCUUUCCUGCGGGCAGUUCCCUAGCUAAAGCAGGGGAGCUGAACACGGGUUUGUUCUAUGUUAUCGAGGGUUUUCUGGAUAUUCUCCUGCCACAAAACGAAGCCCACAUCCGCAAGAACCCCCAGAGCUCGACGCCGUCGGUGGCCGAUGCCGAGCCGUGGCGAACACCGGGGAAAAAGACCAACCAGAACGCACAGAAGCUGCUGUUCACAGUCAAGCCUGGAGGGAUCGCUGGUUAUCUAUGCAAGUCGGCACUAUGCAACACCGCUUCCUAUGUGGAUAUCAAAGCGAAGACGGAUGCGUAUGUUGGCUUCUUGCCUUCUAAUGCACUAGAGCGAUUGCUCGAGAAACGUCCGAUCGUGCUACUGACUCUCGCGAAGCGGCUCAUAUCGCUGUUGUCUCCGCUACUCCUCCAGAUCGAUGCCUCUCUCGAUUGGAUGCAGGUCAAUGCUGGACAAGUCCUCUGGCGUCCCGAAGAUGUCAGCGACAGCUUUUACAUUGUCAUCAACGGUCGUCUGCGCGCAAUAGCCGAAGACGACAGCGGUGUCGUGAGCAUUCUGGGUGAAUAUGGCCAAGGAGACACCGUCGGUGAACUGGAUGUGAUCACGACAUCCCCCCGACGCAGCACCGUGCAUGCCAUUCGUGAUACGGAGCUGAUUCGCAUGCCGCAGACGCUGUUCAACGCGAUCAGCUCCAGGAAUCCCAAGACGACGGCGCAGCUGCUUCGGAUGAUUGCGUCGAGAGUGAGAGAUGAAUUGGACUCUUCAUCGACCCAGAAUGCGACCCGGUCGGACAACAACAACUUGAAGACAGUAGCUGUGUUGCCUGUCUCGCGAUCGAUCCCUAUCGACGCAUUUGCCCGCAAGCUCCAGAGUGCACUGGAGGGCAUCGGUGCGACGACCUCGUAUCUGAACCAGGCCUCGGUCUCGCAGCAUCUGGGACGACAUGCGUUCACGAGGAUGGGAAAGCUGAAGGCUGCGGGGUGGCUUGCGGACCAGGAGCAGAAGUAUCGCACGGUGCUGUAUGUUGCAGACUCUCCUGUCAACAGCUCGUGGACACAGACGUGUAUCCGACAAGCGGAUUGCGUGAUGGUUGUGGGGAUGGGCGAUGAUCCGUCUAUUGGCGAAUACGAGCGGUUGUUGCUGUCGAUGAAGACCACUGCGAGGAAGGAACUGGUGCUGCUGCAUCCCGAUCGGACCGUUGUUCCGGGGUCAACACGUGAAUGGCUCAAGAACCGACCAUGGAUCUACCAGCAUAUCCACGUCGAGCUUCCGGGUCUGGUUCUCCCCAUCCCCAAGCAACCUCCUUCGAACCCCAAAGACCCAGAUGCGGUGACGACCUUCAAGAAUCUGAAAGACAAGGUGCAGCAUGAGAUACAAAAGUUCCGCAAGACGGCGGCGAGUGAUCCGCGACCACAACGGAUGCCGCAAGCCAACGACUUUGCGCGUCUCGCGAGGAGAUUGUGCGGGCGGAGCAUCGGGCUUGUGCUUGGAGGUGGCGGAGCGAGGGGGAUUGCGCACAUUGGUCUGAUCCGGGCUCUUGAAGAGUAUGGGAUUCCGAUUGACCAUAUUGGCGGCACGAGUAUUGGUGCGUUUAUCGGCGGUUUAUACGCGAGGGAGGGGAACGUGAUCUCGGUUGCUGGCCGUGCGAAGCAUUUCAGUGGGCGGAUGGGCAACAUCUGGCGGAUUCUGUCUGAUGUGACGUACCCGAUUGUGGCGUACACGACUGGGCACGAGUUCAACCGCGCGGUGUACAAGGCGUUCUACGACCUCCACAUCGAGGACAUGUGGCUGCCGUUCUUCUGCAACACGACGAAUAUCAUGACGUCGCGGAUGGACAUCCACGAGAACGGUUACGCGUGGCGGUUCAUCCGGGCAUCAAUGACUCUGAUCGGACUGCUGCCUCCGCUGUGUAAUAACGGGGAGAUGCUCGUCGACGGCGGUUAUGUGGACAACUUGCCGGUGACGACCAUGUUCUCUAUGGGAGCGAGCACCGUCUUCGCGUGCGAUGUCGGCUCGCUUGAUGACAACACACCGCGCAAUUUCGGCGACUCUGUCUCCGGCUGGUGGCUGCUGAUCAACCGGUGGAACCCGUUCUCGGACGCACGGCUGGUCCCGCCGAUUACCGAGAUCCAGAGUCGGCUCGCCUAUGUUUCGAGUGUCAAGACAUUAGAGGAGGCGAAAGUCGCGAAGGGCUGUUUAUAUAUCGGGAUGCCUGUCCAAGAUUACGGGACUCUUCAGUGGGGCAAAUUCGAGGAGCUCCAGCUGAAGGGCUACGAGGCUGCAUGUGGGAUCCUGGACAAGAUGGACGAGGAGGGCAGGCUGCCGCCAGCACUGAUAGAAGGGAAGCAUGAUUUGUCCGGCCACAGAGGGCGGAGGAAAGGGAAGAGCGCCCGGAGGAAUUCCAUUUAGCCAACAGUGCUCCGUAGGAAUAUCAUUUAGGAUAAGAAGUGUAAGAAUCCGGAGUGCAGAGAGUACUUGUAGACUUGUGUCAUGCUACUGCAGCUGGUGUGUCUGCAUCUACUAAAUUAGUUGACGUGUGAUCGCAUCGAUGUGAGACUUCUUGGCUGCUCCAUGCGGUCAUCUCCGUCUCAGACCUCGGGCUCUUGGUUGGCGUUAUCGCUUCUAUCUGUUUCUGCCUCCCUCAAGUUGGAUGGCCGGUGCUCCUCUUUCUCAUCCGACCACAUUCGUGCUGCCAAGCUCGGGCCACUGAGUCCGAUAGCAGGGACCAAAUAGGGCGGUUACCCGACCGCAUACUAGUACUACCGCACGACUUGCCGUACUUAUCGAGACACAGAGCUUGCGCCUCCCCCCUUGUCUUUCUUCUCCCUCCUUCUUCCAUUCCAUGUUCGAUCCUGACCUCGCGUUCGAUCCCUUCAUUGCAGAGGGCACGGCGGCGUCGCUGGCCCUGCUCCAGUCUCUGCAGCAGGAUCCGCGUGUGGAGCAGCCGGAUCAGGACACGAUGUCGACAGCGACCGCCACAGCUGCGGGCACGCGCUCGAAGGGCAAGGGCGUUGCCUCCCGGCCCGUGCCCAUCCCCUCCCCGGCGCACGAUCCGCACGAUAUAUUCGACAUGCACGGCGCGCGGCGCGCGGAUCAGAAGUUCUACGCGUUCGCGUCCCCGCUGUCGUCCUCGCCGCCCUCGUGGCUCGCGGGCAGCCCCAGUGCGAGCUCAAGCAGCAGCAGCAGUCCGUGGGCUGUGGGAGCGAUGGCGGUAUCGAUGCCUGACCCGCGCGCGUUCCCAGGCGUUACCGCGGCUUCCGAGUCGUUCUCGUUUCUCUCGCCGUCCGAGGUUUUCCCGCUUGCCGGCGACGCCUCAGGCAGCGGCAAAGGCAAAGCGAGGGCCAGGGAGGCGGAAGAGCAUCCGCCCACUCUCCCGCCUCUGGUCUUCUCGCCGUCCGUCCUGGGGGACGAGCACGCUUAUGCGGGGUGGCUGACCACGCCCAGCCCCGGGCCGUCGGGCUCCGGGUCGAUCUCUCCCUCCCAUCUCCAGCCGCCAGCUUCUCCGCCACUAACGCCGACGCCGAUAAGCGUACUGACCACAGAUCCCGAACCCCGCCGGCGCCGCCGCUCGCUCCCGUCUCUGGCCCGCACGCGGAUUCGGAGCGGGAUCGCGAAGCGGCUGCUGUUCAAGUACACGAACGACAGCGCGUGCCCGACGCCGCCGUCGUCGCCGACGACGGGCGACCUCGACCCGGGGACGGGCGCGUACUCGCCGUGGCGCACGGGCGACUCGGGGCCCGGCGCGCUCGACUAUGGGCACUACGCGGUGGUGAAGGUGCUGCCGGGGACGUACCCCACGUGCGCGCUGGACCUGGUCCCCGCAGUCGCGUCGUCCGAUGUGUUCUCGGCGAUCCCGUUGCCGGUGUGGAGGGACUGCUUUGGCGAGAUGUUGCCGCGGGAGCUGCAGGUGCUGGUCAUGCGUGCCGUCGUUGAUGUGCAUGAUCUCGACCAGCGCAAAUUAGCUGAGGAUGGAUCGUGGACCAUUGGCAAGGCGACGUCGGCCAAGAACCAGUGGGUUGGGAGGAAUCGCGGGAUGAGGGAUCUGGUGCGGUUCAGUCGGGUCUCGAAAUCCUGGCAAUCGCUGGUUUUCGACGGCCAAAUCUGGAGCGACAUCGAUCUCAGCGCGUUUCCUCUGCUUCCCAAGGCUCUCCUCAUUCGCCUCGCAUCACACGUCGGCGCGUUUGCGCAAUCACUCGAUAUAUCUGGGCACGGGCGUGUCGGCUCGAGUGCGCUUGUGCAAAUCGCCGACCAUCUGGCUUACGGAUUUCUCCCCCUUAAUAAUCUGACGAGCCUGAAUCUGAGAGGCUGCUCGGGGAUUACGACGCAGUCGCUGCACCACCUACUUAUUCAGUCCCGUGCGCUGGAGCGGGUGUGUCUUCACGGGCUUAGUGCUGUCACCAACAUGACAUGUGAUAUCCUCGGAUCGUACUGCACUGGCGUGCAGAGCCUGGAUCUGGGUCGCUGCAAGCACCUCGACGCGUACGGUCUCAAACAUCUCGUCAGACACAAAGUGGAUCUCCCGUUGCGCGAGCUGAGGAUAUCAGGAGUCAAGUACAUAGACGAUGACGUGAUGCGGGCGCUGGGCAAGGCUGCUCCGUUCCUGGAGGUGCUGGAUCUGAGCUACAUGCGGCAUCUGCACAACACUGCCAUCGAGGCGUUCGUCGCUGCAGAGGAAGGGCAAGAUAACAGCAUCACGCUGAAUGCCCGGGAGGCGGGCCGGGACUUCAAUGACGGAACACACUACCGACGGCGCAUCACGCGGCUGCGACAUCUCGUUCUCUCGUCGUGCAUCCUACUGACCGAUGCCGCCUGCUCCCAUCUGGCACAUACCAUGCCGAACCUCGAGUACCUCGAGCUUGCGGGGAUCGGCGCGAGCCUCGAGGACGCGGGUCUGAUCCGGCUGCUCGAUACGACCCCUAAACUCAAACGGCUCGAUCUCGAGGACGCAUCGUCCAUCACAGACGCGGUCCUCGCGACGCUGACGCCGCCACUGCCGGAGGGCGACGAAGCCCCGGCGCAAUCUGCGCUCGACACGCUGAUCCUUUCUGGCGCGCUGGAGGUGACGGACGACGCGCUGCUGGCUCUGGUCCGGGGCUGCACGCGCCUGCGCGUACUCGAGAUCGACAACACGCACAUCGGGGCCCGCGUGCUCAAGACGUUCGUCCGGCUCUGCCGCCAGCGCGCGCUGCACGACGCGCGGAUCGUGGGCGUCGACUGCCGCGGAUUCGGCGAGAGCCUGAUCAGAGAACUCUCGCCGCAGACGCGGCCGCGGCACGGCUGGCGCGAUUUUGGGGCGCGGGGGCUUGAGUUCGUCGACGCGCGCGAUGCGGAGGAGUACCUCCUCAAGGUGGGCCAGGACGAAUGCGAUCCGGCGCGUGUCGUGGUGCAGACGUUUCACGGGUGGCAGACCGUCGACGCGGUCCAUUCUGCGCGGGAGAAGCGCCGGAAGGCGAGCAUGAGGAGGAGUGCGAACGAGGCGGAGGAGGGCCGCUCGCGCUGGUGGUCCCCCAGCGGGCGGCAGACGCCGGACGAUACGGUCCAGGAUAAUGGAUGCUUGGUGAUGUAAUUUGUAAGGACCCCCCGCCAUAUACGGAGACUGUGCCCAUGUAUGUACUUGUAAGACAUUGGUAGAUCUGUACUCUGCUCUGUAUGUACUUGUGACUUAUGUUUUUAUGUACUGUACCUACUGUAUCAUCAUCUGUAGAUCUGUGACGAAACGACACGCCCCUUGCCGACCAAUGUUACCCAUGCGCACUAAUUGCAGAGGGAGGCAGUUUCCAGGCCCAGCCCUGGUUUAGACUGCUUCCAUGUGACAGGGUACCAGGCGCAGGAGAGAUGGGAGCCGGAGAGACGAUGGCCGAUGUAUGUAAUCGUCCGUUUUGCAAGGCCUUGCAUAACGGACCGAUGAAAUCGACGACCGGGUGUGGUGAGAGCGAGAUUGAUGUCACGGCUACGAAAUCGUUCCUGAAGCUCUAUGGACUCUGGAGUCCUCUGGAGUUUGCAAAGGAUUUCAACCGGGUGUGCUCGGUGCUGGUCGCCAUGCCGUCCUAACAACGGGGGGCGAUGUCAUUCAUCAUCAUCGUUGGAUCUGCACCCCGAAGGCGCUGCAGAAAUGAAAGUGAUGAAACGUGGGAAAAAUAUGAUCACCAUCCAUCCAGUGAUGGCGCGUUAUCUUGACACCCUGGCGCGCUGGGUGCUAUAAGUACCCCGGCUGCAGGGUCAGGGAUCUCCAUUCUCCUUCGUCCCUCUCGUGUGUAGACCACACAGAGCCUUUCUUUUUUCUUCUUCUUCUUCUCCGCCCCUCGUUAUUUUUCUUUCCCUUCCUUCCUUCCUCUCUCCGUUUUUCUGCUGCCAUGUACUUCAUCUCACCGACAUCCGCGGUGCUGCUCUCGCUCCUCGUCGCCGCGCGCGCCUCGCCGAUACCCGUGACCGGGCGCGCGGUCGAGUUCUUCGAGGAGGUCGAGCUCGCGGCCCGCACGGGCCUCAAGUUCCACAUCCUCGCCGGCACGCCGCCGGCCACGCUCACCGGGACGCCGGACGACGAGAAGUGCGGGCCAGACGAGGUCGCGCUGCUGAAGACCGCGAUAACCGACGCCAAGGCGGCGUCUGCGAAAGCCAUCUCGGCGCUCGGUGUCUCCGGCAUGAGCAAGAGCAACGGGUUCUUCUGGAUCUUCGGCGGCUCGUCGACCUCGACGACGACUGUGGCGGACCGGUUCAAGUUCGUCGAGAAGCUCGCGACGCCCGACGAGAUCACGUCGACCGUGCCGUUCGAGAACAGUGCGACGGACGUGAUCUUCACGUGUGUGCCCGCGGCAGCUGCCAGGGCCGGCGACGUCUACGCCAACACCGUUAACAUCGGGCGCAAGACGAAGAGUCUGACUGCGGUCCCGACGCUGAACUUGAUUCGGUUCUCCCCGGUCUCGUUCGCUAACACGCACACCAUUGCACAAGCGGCGGCAAGCAUGAACCCGGGCGGCAACUUCGACAUCACGCGCGGCUUCGUCGUCAGCGGCCAGAUCCCCGUGCCGCCACUCGCGUUCACCAUGAUCCACGAGAUCCAGCACUCGGACCCGCUCAUGGACAACGCGCAGAUCGACCACUUCAUCGACCAGAAGGUCGCUGGCACGCGCGCGUACGGGUUCAAGCAGAUCCAGAACCUCGACGCCGCGUUGAAGCCGCAGAACCCGCAGAACUACGCGUUCUUCGCGCUGCUGGCCCAGUCGAACCCCGAGUUCUUCGACUCCAAGUGCUUCAUUGGAAACCAACUUGGUGCCCGCCACUUGGUCGAGGACGUCGAGGAGGUUCCUGAAGAAUCGAACGAGGUUGACGCUCGUGAGCUGGUGGAGGAUGACGAGGACGUUCUUGAAGACGAGUCCGACGACCUCUCCGCCCGAGCGGUCAAGAAACCCGUCGUGAAGCCCGUGGCCAAGCCUGUCGUGAAGCCUGUGGCUAAACCGGUCGCAAAACCCGUCGCGAAGCCUGUCGCGAAGCCUGUCGCCAAACCUGUUGCGAAACCAGUGGCAAAACCAGCAGCUAAGCCGGUCGCGAAACCUGUGGCGAAACCAGUGGCAAAGCCUGCCGCUAAACCCGUGGCAAAGCCUGUCGCAAAGCCCGUGGCCAAACCAGUCGCAAAGCCCGUGGCCAAACCAGUUGCGAAACCCGUAGCCAAACCGGUCGCCAAACCGGUUGCAAAGCCGCCCACGAAGCCCGUCGCCUCCAAGUCCGCCGCAGCCCCCAAGCCCUCCGCGUCCAAAGCGGCCUCGUGCUCCGCCAGCGCGAAGGUGUGCACGGCGUGCGCGAAGAUCGAGAAGGGCAUCCCCGGCGACGUCAAGCUGAACCACUUUGAUGACGACUCGGUGUAAUCUUGGCUUGUCUUGCGGAUUGGAUAGUGAUGUGUACAUGUACUUAAUAUGAAGGAAUUAAUUGAGAAAGGAGUUUUUUUUAUUUGGACGGGGGCUGUCGCCGUGUUCUGGUCGGUGGUGAUGUUUCGACAUUUGAGUCCUGAGUGGGUCGUUUGACUAGACGAUGGAACGGGCGCUGAGAUCAUCCAGCGGUGAUGGAUCACCUCACUGCGGGUGUCGUCCAGUGGAUAUCUGCAUGGCGUAUGAUAGCUAAAGGUUGAUUGGAAAGAUCCACCCAAGCACGGCCGUUGGCGCGCAUGAUUCGCUGUCGGACCACGGAUACAUAGCAGCGCAGCCCUUGUAGCCCUAGUCCAGGGAUGUUCUCUACCGCCCAGAGGGCUGUCAGCGCACUGUUCGACGAAGAAACUCGGUUGCAUAUCUGCAUCUGCCAGCCGCAUAUCCUGGAGGUCGAAGGGAGGGCGUACGGCAACGAGGAUUGGGAUCGGACGCGUGCCAUUGGUCCCUUUGCGCUCUGUCCCUCGACGUGAGUUCGAUGGCAUCGCGGAUGGAACACUGGAGCGAGAUUCGGAAGUCGCUGCCCUGCUUGGGUUCCAACCGCCGUGGAGCGACACCCAGUAUGACGACGCCAGUCGUCGGUUCCUUCGCGUUUGACAUGCCAGAGGUGAGAUAGCGUUGCCAGAUCUCGAGCACGAGCGGCGGGUCUAUUUAUGGCAUGCGGCACGCUGUACGCUGCACGGAACAGGCGUCGGAGGUGCGAACACAGGCGUGACGCGUCACACUCACUGGUCCUGGAUUAUCCUAGUCACCAAGUCAGGCCGCGCGUAUAUCCUUC